AUGAAGCACCUUCUGCUGUUGGCCAUGGCUUUUGCCGCAAUCCACGUCAGCCAUUCAAACAUUCCAGACUUCUGUCUGUUGGAACCAGUCGAAGGUGAUGGCCCAAGCUUCAUUCAUUCUAUCCAUUUCAACCACCUGAAAGAUCGCUGCGAGCCUUUCAUAUACUCAGGGACCGGAGGAAACGCCAACCGUUUUGAAAAUGAAAGAGAGUGCAUGAGAAACUGCUCUGCCAAUGCAGAAAGCAUCUACCCCCUGGAUGAAUCGAAGGCUUGUCACUUUAAGAAGGACUCAGGUCAAUGUAAAAAUCAGCUUCUGAGAUACUAUUAUGAUUCCAUUCAUGACAAAUGCAAAAAGUUCCAAUGGACUGGUUGCAUUGGAAACGGAAACCGAUUUUUCUCCAUGGAAAGCUGCAAUCGUACAUGUGAAGGAAUCCACGAUGAUGGUGAUGAAGUGGAGGAGGAUGAGCCAGACACUCCGAUUGCGAUCAUCUGCGGAGUUUUGCUUGGUCUCAUUGUCAUCGCCAUCAUUACAACUGUGGUCGUCUUGACAGUUCAACAAAAGUUCCUGGUAAUACCAGUGGGUAUACGUGUUAUAGACGAGAGAAACGAGACGAAUAUGAAGAACUCGCUGUGUAACCAAAGUGGCUCGGGGAAAGGAAACGCGAAGCCGGAAGUGGUCUUCGAUUACCCUCACGGAAACUCUAUCAUCUCUGAUUGGUGUUUGGCCGAGCCGGUAGACCACUACGUCACUUCCUCAAGUUAUUUCCAUUUGUUUGUGACCAACGCCAGCAGUUAUCCUGUGCCCUACACAUCAAAGGUAACCUAA